GCGACAGUACCAGCAAGGUUUAGUAAGGCUGGAGUGGCCACAUCGUGAUCUCAGAAAUGGCUUCGUCUUCAUGCGCUGACAAUCUUCCGCCGGAAACCUCCGCCUCCGAGGCCUCAGAAAACAACCUCCAGCCAUUCUUUGUUCUCCAUAAAGCUUCACAGCCUCGAAGUUCUACUGCCAAGUCGAUUCGGGGGAAGAAGAAGACCAAAUCCGCAGCCAAUGAAUCUGAAACAAGCAGUGAUAUUCAUCGAAAAAUGGAUGCUUUUCAUUCCGUAUGGUCAAAAAUUGAGUCCAACAUCAAGGACGUCUUGAGGACUAUAAAUGCUGAUGCCUUUGAUGAGAUAAGAAACUGGGUUAUUGAGUCUUUUGAUGCAAUACAAGCGAGCCGGACCCCUGAGAUUACCGCCAAAACCAGUCUUUCUUACCCAGUUCUAUUUAAUAAUAGUGGGGCCAUAUCUCAAAGAUUAUCCACUGGCCUGGUUUUCACCAAAAAUAUGGAGAUUGUUGAUGAUAUAUUGACUUUUGAAGAGCUCAGUUUGCAUUUGACAUCUCAUGGAUGCCAUGUGGCUACUGUUUCGUCUUUGGACUUCUGUUCUAAAAAUGGCAUUGGAGGGUGUCUCAGAAGUUUAUUGCAGCAGUUUCUUUUGGUAGACAUUGAUGCAGCAGAUAUUUCCCUCUUAGCAUCAUGGCAUAGCAAGCAUGGAAAUUGUGAAAAGCCAGUAGUUGUGAUUAUUGAAGAUCUGGAGAGGUGUUGUGGUACUGUCUUGUCAGAUUUCAUCAUCUUGUUGAGUGAAUGGGCAGUUAAGAUCCCGACCAUCUUAAUUGUCGGUGUUUCAACAAAUAUUGAUGCCCCUAGAAACAUACUUUCUUCACAUGCACUCGAGCAUCUGUCCCCAUGUACAUUUGUGUUGAAAUCCCCAGCCGAGAGGUUGGAUGCAGUCAUUGAGGCUGUUUUCAUCAAACAUUGGGCUGGCUUCAGCAUUGGUCACACAGUGGCAACUUUCUUAAGGAAUUAUUUCUUAAGACAAGAUGGGACACUAACUUCUUUCAUUAGAGCUAUGAAGAUUGCUAUUGUUCAACUGAUUUUCAAGGAGCCUCUUAGUUUUGUACUGAAGGGAUUAGUUGAUGGAGAAGAAAAUAAGGGGUCAUACAGUGUGGAUCUUGCUAAUCUCUCAAAAGCAUUGAUCAAGCAGGCUUUUGACCUACCAUCUUACUGCAAACAUGCAGGAAAUCGAAAUAAUCAGGAAGAAUCAAAUGUUAAUUGUCUAUCAAAUGGGUUGUUGGAAUUGCGGAGACUAAAUGAGUUAUGGGGAUCUGUGGUUAUGUGUCUGUAUGAAGCUGGAAAGCAUUGUAAAGUUACACUUCUAGAUUUGUACUGGGAGUUGCUCAGUCCUGAGUUAUGCAAAACCAUGCUUUCUGUCCAUCACCCAGAAAGGGCAAAUAACAUGCUGGCAAGUAAUCACAGUUUAUCGGGAUUAUUUCAAGCUUCAGAAAAGGGCACUUUCAUCGGCCAGGUCAUCCUUAAAGUGAGGGAUUUACCAGUUGCAAAGUUGAGCCAGUUGCUUAAAACUUGGGAAAAGCUUGCUCAAGGUGGCAAUGAGGUUCACAAGAAAAUAUUGGAACUACAGUCUAUGGUGCAAAAUGCAGAUAACAGGCAUUCAAAGGGAGAGUUAACAGAUUUAUCAAAGAGGCAUUUAUCACGAGGCAGAGCAAAAUGUGCAAAUGAUGAGGACAUAUUUAAUGAGAAAGCUGCUAAUUUGGUUUAUGACAUGAUGAGGGAAUGCAUGCAGCCAAUUGAGUCUAUACCAUUUCAUGAAAUUGUUUGCUUCAAGGAUGUUGAUAAGCUUCAAUCAGCUCUGACAGGUGACCCCAGGAGAAGAAUCCAAAGUGACCUUCUGGAGUUCCAAAAAAUACUCAAGUGUAGUUGCUGCAGCAAGGGUGGUGUUUUGCUGUCACCAUCCAUGCAUGAUACCUCAAUCAUGUAUACCCUGGCGCAAGAGCAUGGUGAUCUCAUCAACCUUCAUGAUUGGUUUCAGUCUUUUAAUGCAACUGUUUCUUGCCUGAAACGAUCAAAGCAGCUGUGUUCACCCAAAAAGAGAAAAGUUACUAAUGUUCUUCAAAACAAAUCUGAUGCAUCAAUACAAGCAAGGUUUUGCAGGGCCAUAAUUGAGCUGCAGAUAGCAGGUUUGCUUCGGGCACCCAGCAAAAGGCGCCCAGAUUAUGUGCAGAGGGUAGCCUUUGGAUUGUAACUUGGAAUUUAGGUGAUGGAGAUCAACUCGAUUGAUAUAUUGUGCAGUUGAAGAACUUUACCAGGAAUCCAUGCUUGCAUAAUUGCUACCUCUACCUGCUAAGAAAAGCACAAGACUGACUGCAUGGUGGAGUGUUUCAAUCCCAACACAUUUCUGUCAGGUGAUGACUAGAAACUAACAUUUGUUAAGCUGUGUAUGUAGAGUUUUAACAUUCCAACUCUAGGUUUUACUGUAAUUCUCCCUCUGAAACCUUUUGCCUCUUCCAUAGUCACCCUUCUUCUGCAUUGUGAGUUCAUAGUUUUCUCUUGCGCCGAGCAAAACCUGUUGUAUUAGUAGUAGUGUUCCUUUAAGAUCCGGGCUAUAGCUUGAACCUUUGCUUUGUUAUAUCUUCUAACAUGUUUAUAUCCGUUUCAUCAUUAUAUAAUGUUUUGAAACACUAUUACCUUGUUUGGGAGAGAGGGUGAACAAUGAACAUGCUGAAAAUGGAAUGGAUUUGCCUUCUUUUA